ACCCUGAAUGUAUGUUUUAUAGGCCCUUCGGAAAUCUUUCUACCCUUUCUGCGACGUACUCCCGCUCCUCUACUCUCUUUCAUUUUUCCAUUCAAUCUCUGUUUCUACCAAAAAACAGGAAAAAAAAAAAAAAAAAAUUCAAUCUCUGUUCCGCAAAUAAAGAAGAAGAAGAAGAAGAAGAAGAAGUAAUAAAGAAAAGAAGUCAUCUGUUCCACCAUGAAUAAACUUUGUAAAACAUUAGCAGCAGCUCUUUCGUCUCCUUCAACGGAGAAACGGCUUCUGCCCCCAGUCUUCAUUCUUCAAUCUUCACUAUACUCAACGACACCAUGUACGGAACAGACACACAUUCCAAGAUCCAAAACCAAAAACAAAACCAAAACUGAACCCUCGGAAUCCAAACUGGAGAGUCCAGGGUUUCCUCCUCCUGCAGCUGCUACUAAUUUUACCAAGAAAGAGAUCACUGAUUGGCCGAGACCGAGCGAAAUACCGUUUCAGGUCAAGGUUGCCAAUUCCGUCAGUCUCAUUGGAUCCAUAGCAAUGCCGGUUCAGUUUGAGUCGUCUCCUGAUGGAAAGUCCUGGGCUGGUACUAUCAUCACUCAGGGGAAAACGGCCGAUUUCCCUGCUAUGUGGAUUCCAGUUAUCUUUGAAGGGGAUCUGGCACAUGUUGCUGCUUGCCAUCUGAAGGAAAAUUAUCUUGUUCAUAUAGCUGGACAACUAAGUGCAGAUACACCACCAUUUACUGUAGAAAAAGGUCAAGCAAAUGUUCAGGUGAUGGUGCAAAGUGUGAGUUUUGUUCAAGAUUCCUAUAUAAAGAAGAAAAGAUUUGCUCCUCACAAGCAUGAUGUAGGGGGCUUGAGUCAUGGUUUUAUGAACGACAACAUUUCUGUUAAACAAUCCUGGAAUCAACUUCUUGGAAAACCGCAUGAGUGGUUGGACAAAAGAUUGAACAAGGAUGAUCAAACAGGUGCAGCUUUUGAACACAAGGAGAGUGGAAAACUACUAUGGAUUGAUGAAUCUACUCCAGAAUGGAUACUGUCGAAGUUGGAUUCCAUGACCUUUGCUUAUGAAACUGAGGAGAAGACUCAGAAAAGUGGUAUUAUGAAAGAUAUUGCUGUUAAACAAUCCUGGAAUCAACUUCUUGCUAAGCCACAUGAUUGGUUGGACAAAAGAUCGAACAAGAAUAAUCAAACAGGUGUAGCUUUUGAACACAAGGAGAGUGGAAAACUACUAUGGAUCGAUGAGUCUACUCCAGAAUGGAUAUUGUCGAAGUUGGAUUCCAUGACCUUUUCUCAUGAAACUGAGGAGAAGAGUCAGAAAAGUGGUAAGGAGUCUACUGUCAGUUAUUGGACAAAGCUUGUUAGCUAUCCAGAACGAUGGAGAGACUACAGGAAGCAUAAGAUGAAUGGGAAGGUAAAACGAGGUUAUCCUGAUUUUAAAUGCAAGGAAGAUGGUCAUGCACUUUGGCUUAACACCGCACCGAUAUCUCUUCUGCCAAAGCUCGAGGGAUUGGAGUUUGACGAUGAAAUUUCUGACAUAAAUCUAAGAAAAGAUGAUAAGAUUGAAGAGUCCUGGAAGAACUUGGUGGAAAAUCCAGAUAAAUGGUGGGACAAUAGAUUGGACAAGAGAAAUAAAAAGGCUCCUGACUUUAAACAUAAAGUUACUGGUGAAGGAUUGUGGGUUGACAGCUCACCAGCUUGGGUACUUCCAAAGUUGCCACCUCCCAAAGCUAAAAAUGGUGUUGCAGUCACCGAGAGGGAUUCAUUAUGGUCCCAAGCCGCCUCUGAAAGCUAAAAAUGAUUUUGCAACCAGCAAGAGGGAUUCAUUGUUGUACCAAGCUUUAUUAUAUUAGUAUGUCUCAGUCUUUAGUCUUCAAAUUUAGUGGUUAUUCUGCUGUGAAUAUAUUCUGGAUUCCUUUUAGGGUGGGGGCUAUGCAGGGAGUGCUCUAAACUUUUGGCUACAAUUACGUGUAUAGUUUAGGAGGAUUAAUUUCAGAUACAGUAUAGUGCAAGGCAAAGGUGGUCCUCCCUCAAAUUCAACAGUAUAUAAAUGAUGUUCUUGAUCUGGAAGAUGUGAUAGUGGGGAACAUGUUUCUGGCCUUGCUGCCAAUUUGCAAA